AUGUGUGAAGUAAUUUCAACAGACUUUCCCCAUCUUACUGCUGGUAAUUUUGAGAACUCUCUGACCUCUGACAACGUGUUGGCUCACUACUUCAAUGAUUUCUUAAGUCUGCCGACUUUCCCAGAGGCUUUGCUGUACAACCAGGAGACCGGGCUGUUUGAGGUGGUGAGCGGGGCAGCAGAGUUUGUCUGUAGAAGAAUCCGAUCAGACUUACACCGCUGCAAAUCACAACUCCAAACUGGUGACACCACAGCUUUGGCCAAAACCCCUCCAGUGGACAGCAGUUACACUGUUUGUUGCCUGGACAGAGAGCAAGGAAUUCAGUGGGUCAUGAAAGAAAGAUUGCCCUUCUUCCUUCGAAGUGAUUUCUACAGUGAAUACAGACUAGCCAAGCUGUUGUUUCAGUGGGACGCAAACCUUUGUAUCCAGAGGAGGAAAGGCAGCUCAGGUCGAACAACCCUGUCAGCCCCACAACUGCGUUCUUCCUCCCAAUUUGACCAGCAAAAUAACAAUGCACUGAAAGUCCUAACACGCUCACAUUCUCAAGAGAACAUUUCAGGAGAACAAGGGUCUGUGAGGAACGCAACAUGUCUAUUCUCUGGCCAGAAGGAACAAAUCAACACAAAAUGCAGUGAAUCAUCCAGAUGUUUCUCCAGCUGUUCAGAGUCAGAGAAUCCAUAUACCUUUUCCUUUUUGUCCUCCUCAUGUUCCUCCUCUAACUUUAAAUCUGAGAAAACCCAGGAACUCGGGAACUCGCAAACAGAGCUGAGCCUCUCCUUCGCAGCGCCAUCGGCUGGCCAGAAUGAUGAGUCUUCUGAACUACAUCUGGAAUACUUGGCUGCCAAAGUGGUUCAUCAGGUGCUUAACAAUGCACUGAACGUGAUGGAUAGUCAGAGCCAGGCAAAUACUACUGAUUGUUUCAGCAAGUCAGGAGACCAGACAAAUUGUACCAGCACAAGCAGUUCCUGCGAAUGUAAAGUUUGCCGGCAAGACAGAUUGAUGGGAAAGACAGAGAAAAUUCAAGAAGACAAGAGGGGGAGUGGAGUGGGAGAAAAGACUGACUGGUUUAACAAGAAGAGGGUGGUGGGGAGUAGGGGCACAGAGCAGGAAAAUGGCCUUGAUAUUUAUUGCCAUGGUACCUGUUUCCAUGGAAAAACACCAGGUUUGGAUGAGUUUAAGGAGUUUUUGCAGGGAACACCAGGAGAGAAGGUUCUUAAUCUUUGGAUGGAUAUAGAGAGACUGAAAGCGACACAGAACAGAGAGCGGAAGAACAGGUAUUUGGUCCUAAUGAGGAGCUGGUACCUGCUGAGCAGCAGCCAAAGCAGUCUAAACGUGGAGCUGCUGUCCAGACUGGGGCUGACUACCUCCCCCUGCUGGACAGAGGAGAAACUGCGCUCAGUUCAACCCUUCCUCACGGAGUCGCUGCUCUUCUACUGGGCUCCCCGGUUCUGGACGUCCCAAUGUGUUCAGGAAGACCGUGAUGACUUCCCUCAUCUAUGGCUGUGUACAGAGUGGUGUGUUAGCCCUCUGUUAGGCACACAGACCCACCACGGCUCUAUGACCCUGCCUUCCCUCCGCCCUGACACGUGCCUGCCCCAGUUGCCUCAUACUGUCCAUACCCAGUUUCAUUCUAGUAGAAGUCAGUUACUGGGCAGCAGCAGAAUGGAAAAGAUGUUACAGGCUCUGUGCGUUGACUUGUGUGCCGGCUUAUACUUCACAAACUUCUGUGAACAAUCUGGAAACCAGCUAUGGGAGAAUGCAGUUAACUUUUGGACUGACCUGCAGCACUACCAUGAGCUGUUCUAUCAGGACGGACUGGACCCCUACAGAGUACAGAGAGAGGCACAGCUCCUUUACUCCACCUAUCUCUUCAGCUCUGCCAGGAGGAGCAUUGGUGUUGAUGAGGAGAUCAGAAGGGAGGUGUAUGACCGGAUGAUGCCUGCUUUUGAGGAGCUGUUUGACAAGGUUGAGGAACACACACUGAACAUCCUGCUGGAGCCGUGGACGCUCCUGGUCAGCAGGGACAAAGAGUCUUUCAGGAAGGUGUGUGUGCUGGAAGAGGUACGCUGCAUUGACAAUCAGGAGUACAAGGAACUCCAGAGUCUGUACAAAGAGUCAGAGAGCCGACUGAAACAGGUGGAGCAAUGCGGGUCCAUAUUAUUUCCCUCUCCUAUUACAUUUUCGACUCCCUUUUCAAAGGGCCGCCAAGCAUCUGACUCUUGGUCCAGAGUGUCUCCAAAUUACCAGGGUUACCGUCUUGGUUCCUUACUACGUCACCGCCAUGAGAUUGGGCACUUUAUGUCCUUCCUACAGAAUCAGGACGCCAGUAUCCAUCUGACAUGCUGGCUGGAUCUGGAGCAGUACAGGAGGACUCCUCAGAAGGACAAAGCUAUCAGACAAGAGAGGUCGUCUCACAUUGCAAACAAAUACCUCAACAGGAAGUACUUCUUUAGCUCUGACAGCCCCGCCACACCAGAACAGCAGGACGAUAUAUUGCGUCUGGCAGGUGGACUGGAGCGUCUGCAGCUACAAUGUCUCUCAAACCCAGUUGUUGUAGAGAUCCAGGAAAUCGUCAGGAGUCACAUUGAACAGAAAUGGCUGCCUCUGUUCCUGUCCACAGAAGAGUUCACAGAGCGACAGAAACACAAACCAAAGCCCCAAGCAGUAGACAGGCUCUCACAGCACGUCUACCGUCGACGCAGAACGAGGAGAGAAGCCUGGAAGGCUGAGGGCUUGUGGAUGAGUUCUUCUAAAGAGAUCCUGCUGUUUCGACGGAUCCUACUUAACCCCGUCUCUUGUAUGCAGUUCCAGCACUUUGUCUCUCUGAAGGGGGACUUCCUAGAAAAUGACGUGCACUUCUGGCUGGAGGUGCAGAGAUACAAGGAUCUCUGUCAUUCCCACAGUGAUGAGGCCACCAUCCAGCAGAAGAUCUCCACCAUCAUUAACUGCUUUAUCCACUCGUCAAUGCCCCCCGCCCUGCAGAUAGACAUCCCUCCUGAACAGGCCCAGCACAUUCUGGAAAAACGGCAUGAACUGGGCCCUUACAUCUUCAGGGAGGCACAGAUGUCAGUGUUCACUGAAUUGCUUAAGUUUUGGCCCGAGUUUCAAGAACUGAGCAGCAGUGUCCAAGAAGAGCAACUCCUUCCUCUGCUGCAGGAGAAACGAGUCAAACACAGAGCCCGAGUACGGCGACAGAGGAGAAAAGAGGAGGAGGACGAAGAGGAUGCGAGGAGGCGAGCUCAGGAAGAGCUGGAGAGGCCAGAGUCCAGUUUUACAGAGGAAGAGACAGAUGACGAAGAUGAGGUUGAAGAACAGGAGGGAAGAAGCGAAAAAAAGCAGUCAAGGACACAAAGUAGAGUGCUGCUGACCCCCACACAGCCGUUGUCGUGGUCCUACUCCAAGUAUAUGGCAGCUCUGAAGAGAGAGGAGGUGCUGCUGAAGAGACAGAGUCAGCUGGAAGCUUCGUUCUCCACAGCAUCAGACAACUCCUCUGACUGCAGUGUCAAGUCAGCAAGCAGUAAACACAGCCGCCAGCAGCCCUCACGUCGCUCCUCCAGAACGGAGAGUAAACAGUGUAACAGAUAUAACAGGGGUGUAAGAGCCUGCACCAUGAAAUGAAACAGAGAGCUGACUUCACGCAGCACAGGUUGGACACAAACAGAUGAGGGUGACGGACACAGUUAUCGGAGCAUGAUGAGAGAAAACGGAGAGCGGAGCUGCUACUGAUAUCUUCCUCUGGGUUUACAUAUGAUGUAAGAAUAUUUUCUUAAACGCUGUGUGACAAACAUC